AUGGCUGAUGUGAAUGAUAUUCAAAUAUCGGAUGAACUGAAGUAUGAAAUAAGCCAUAGAAAUGAACAUCGAUCCAUAUUUUUGAACACUGAUGAACUUCGAUUUCAAAAUCGUGAACAAUUAAUUGAAAAACUUGAACGAGUUAUUCAAGAAAAAAAUGCUUCAAUUAAUAAACUUGAAGAACGUGAACAAUCUUUAGCUGAUACAUUAAAAAAACGUAAUGCUGAAUUUCAUAUAAUUGAAGAAAAAUUACAAGAAUUUCGAGAGAAGACAUGUACAUUUGAACAAUUACAUCAAUUACAAGUACAAACAUUUGAAAAAACAAUACGUGAUUGUCAAAAUGAAAAUGAACGUUUAUCUGAACAAAUUCGUGAUUUAAAAAAAGAAUUAAGUGACAAAACAAAUUUUGAUGCAAUCAAUCAAGAAAAAAUUCUAACAUUUGAUCGUAUUACUGCUGAUAUUCAACUUUGGAGACAAAAACUUGAUUCAUAUAAAGCAACAAUUGAAGAACGAGAAGAAACUAUUGCUACUCUUAAAAAUGAAAAUAAUGAUUUCAAUAAAAAGAAACAAACUAAUGGUACUUUCGAAGAUAAUUCAUUACGAUUACAAAUCUUAAAUCUGCAAAAUGUAGUACGAGAUCGUGAUAAGGAAAUUGAAAAUUUAAAAACAACACUUCGUCGUGUUCGAGAUACAUUACAACCAGAUCAUCUAUCUCAUGAAAGUCGUUGGCAAAGUUGUAGUGAAAAUAUUGGACAUAAUCGAUCUUCAUCUGUUUCUGAUUUAUCUUCUUCAAGAGAAGUCGAAUUAUUAAAGCAGAAAUUGAAUUCAUUAACUGAUCGUUAUAAUGAUCUUCAAAAAUUGCUUGUUAAACGUGAUGAUCAAAUAGUAACCUUUAAAAAAGUUCAUGAUAAACGUUGGUUACGUUUAAAACAUUUACAAAAACAAUAUCGUUCACUUAAAGAUGAAUUACAAUCUUAUACAGAUGAUGAAAUUAUACAAAAUAAUACGAAAGAAGAUUUUUCUUAUCGAAAAGCUAUACAGAAAACAAAAAAUAGUUGUUCGGUAUGUAAUGAUCAACGAUGGAAAAAAACACCAAAUGGAUUAAAUAAAAAAACACUUAAACAAGAAGAUGAUGAUCAUGUUUGGAAUGAAAUAACCAAGUUUAAACGUGAAAAUGCAAGAUUAACUAAUGAAAAUUUAAGUUUAAAUGAAAAAAUUGAUUUACAAGAAGUCGAAAUAAAUGAACAAUUAAUUGUUAUUGAUGAACUUCGUCAUGAAUUACGACGAUUAAAUGAUAAAGAUGAUCAACCACGAUCAGCACCAAUAGCAAUAACAAAUAAUGAACAAAAACAACUUAUCGAAGAGCUUGAUAAAAAAUUAUAUGAACUUGAAACUGAACGAACAUGUUUAAUAUUUGAACAUGAACGUUUAAAAACAGAUUUUGAUUUAUGUGUGGAUGAAAAACAACGAUUAAUUCAACAAAAAACACAAAUAAAUAAUGAUUUAAAACAAUCUAAACUUCGAAUUUUAGCAUUACAAGAUCAAAUAUAUAAAUUAAAACGAAAUAAUAAAAAAGAGGUUAUUAUUACUACACCAAUAUUAACAAGAAAUAGGCGAAUAAUAAAGAAAAAACCGAAAAAACCUAUUAUUAAUAAAACAUGUUUAGAAUUAUUACUUGAUCAAACUUCAUCAUUUAUCGAUGAUUAUCAAAAUGAAUCAUUUAUAUCUAAUAAACAACGACGACGAAGACGACAUCGUUCAUGUAGUCUUUGUAAUUAUGAAAAUGACAGUUCAUUUAUUAAACAUAAAAAACGAUUAUCAAUACCUAUAAGAAGAUGUGGACCAUUAAAAAGAACUUUAAUAACUAAAAAUCGUCUUAAUAAUUCAAAUUCUACUCGAAAAUCCUCUACUUCUCCAUUCAUAAAUCAGUCUUCAUCAUUACGAAAACGUAUAGAACAAUUAGAGAAUAAUCUUUCAAAUGCUCAAGAAGAAAAUCGACAUCUUAAUCAACGUUUAAUAACAACAUUAAGUCGAAUUAAUAUUCUUAAAACAACAAAUCAAAAACUUAUUGGUGAAUGUGAUAAAUUUAAAAAUAAUCAUUUAAAUCAAUCAACAUCAGUCAAUCAUGAUUCUAUAAGUACUGAUAGUAUGGAUAAUUUAUAUGAACGUCUUAAAAAUACUUCAUAUGAUGCGUCUCAACAACGUAAAUUAAAUAAAACAUUACAAUCAGAAAAUGAACUAUUGAAUAAAAAUCUACAAUCACUAACUGACAAGUUAACACAUACAGAACGUGAUAUCGCUAGUAAACGAUUAUUGAUUGAUACUUAUAGAACUCGUUUAAAUGAAAUGGAAAUAAAUGUUAAUCGUUCAAAUGAAAAAAAUACGAAUGACAAUGAUGAAGAACGAAUUAAAUCAUUAACUGAUACAAUAGAAAAAUUACGAACAUCUAUUGAUUCAUAUAAAAAUCGUUUACAAGCAAUUACACGCGAAAAACAUGAUUUUGAUACACGAAAUACUCAACUUAUUGACGAACAUCAAAAAUUAAAAGUACGUUUUGAAGAUAUUCAAUCAAAAUUUCGUUUAAAUGAUCAACAACUUCGACAGAUUCGUCUACAAAAUGAACAAUUAAAUCAAGAAUUAAUAACAUGUCGUCGUCUGUCUGAACAACAAUUAUUAACAUUGAAUACAAAAAGUCAAGAAUCAUUAAAAAAGAUAACAUCAGAAUCAGAUCGAACAGUUCAACGUUCAAAUGAAUAUGAAAAAUUUAUCAAAGAACUUCUCAAUGAAUUAAUUCAACGAAAUAUACAAAUGAAUGAUAGUUUAAAGAAAGCACGUGAACAUCAAAAACAACGUGAAUCAUUAUCAUUAACAUUACCAGGUUAUGAUACAGCAAUGAAUACAGCAAGUAAAAUAUUAAAUUUAACUCAAGAUGAUCUCGAUGAACUUAUGUCAGUAACCGAUGAAAGUUUUCAAGCAAACAUAAAAGAAGAUAAUGUCGAUAAAAAUGAAAAAAUUCGACAAAAAGUAACGAAAUUAUUUGUUUCACAAGAAGAAGUAUCAAAUAAACUUUUGAAAAUAUUCAAUAAAAAAUUUGAUGAAAUACAAGCAGUUAAUCGUGAAUUAGCAAUCAUUCGAAUUACAUAA